AUGUCAUGCUUAGCAAAGAACGUUAUAGUUUUUGGUGCAACUGGCCAAAUAGGAAAGCUUGUUCUAAAAGAACUUGCAAGUUCCAACUUAAAUCCAACUGCUGUUGUCAGAUCAACAGAACAAGAGAAAUCCAUAUCCUCCAUAUCCAGUCAAAUAACCUCAGCGAAAUUAGCGCUAGAUAAUGCAUCGGUUAAAGAUAUCGCAAGAAUAAUUGAGGGUCAUGAUGCGGUAGUCUUUACAGCAGGAUCUGCUGGUAAGAAUCUUUUACAAGUUGAUUUAGAUGGCGCUGUUAAAACAUUUGAAGCUGCACGUAUAGCUAGAGUACGUAGAUUAGUGCUUAUAAGUGCUCUUCAUGCUGAUGAUCGUGAAUAUUUUUCAAAGUCACCGCUUCAUAAUUAUUACAUUGCUAAGCACUAUGCUGAUAGAAUCUUGAUAAAUGAAUUCCAAGACGAUUUAGACUUUACCAUAUUGAAGCCUACUACUUUGACUGAUAAUGAAGGAACUGGAAAAAUUAGUAUAAUAGGUGCAAAGGAAGGACUAGAAACGUCUAUCGAUAGAAUUGAUGUCGCUCGUGUUAUAGUACAAAUUUUAAACAAUGCUCAGACUUUUGGAAAGAGUUACAACAUUAUCCAAGGCGAUUCAGAUAUUAAAGAUCCUACCAUUUUUAAAUAG